UGGGUCUACACACUAGAUUUUUGUUCUUUCCCUUUUUCUCUAGCUCUCGGUUUCUAUUCUACCGAAAUCCUGUUUAGUUUAGAGCAUUUGCAAAGACACUUGUGCCCGCCUCGUCUCUUUCCGACCGUCCUCUUUGCUAAAUUUUUCGAAGUUCUACAGCCCAGACCUGGUUUUGGCCGCUUGUUUAGUCAUGGCGGAACAUGAAGACUCCGACGAUGAGCUCAUGUCUCGGGGGCAAUUGUUGAGCCUUUUUACCGGCUUGUGGGAUGUUUAUACCUGGACAUGCAGAAUUUCUUUGUAUGGCAGACAAAGCGCCCUUCCAUACAAACUUGUCAGCUAUCAAGCGCGCUGCAUUCCAGGGACUAACAGGAAUGCUGAUUUUCUUAUUUGCUACAGUACUGCACCCAUGUACGAUUUUUACUCUGCCCAUUCAGCUGUCGUGUGCAGACAGACGACACCCACCGACACCAUACCUGAUGAUGCUCUAGAAGAAAUGGGGAUUCUUGCUCUCGAGAUUUGGAAGCAUCAGCCAACCCGCCUAACUGUUCCCAUUCUACUCCUGCAUGGUGUAAAGAUACGGAUAGUCAAGUUCAAUCGUGACGGUAACCUCCAUUCACUUGUUGGAAAAUACGUGGAUCCCCAAGGCUCUGAGGUAGUGGACUUUUUUGGCGAUUGCAAAGAACUGAUGGUAAACCUAUGCCGUGUAUUCUCACUUCCAGCCAACGAGUUUGGCCAUGUCUGCGAGUACUCACACAAGCCGAAGGGGUAUCGAUUUGAGCCACAUGGAAACGAGUACAAAAUGUCUGCCGUUGACAAAUGUGGCAAGGACACGUUUAUAGUGAGUAUCGUUGGCCGCGGCAAUUACACUUUGGCGGGCCGCCAUGACCAUAUAAUCUAUGGAAAGUUCAACAGUCAUGCUGCAGUUCUAAGGGUUUCCUGGAUCCCAGCUGAUCAGCCCGUUGAAUAUACCCCGGAUUACAAGAUUGGCUCAAGCGCUUUGAAUGCCAAGCCAAAAGUGCUCCAGUGUGGAACUGUUGUCAAGGACAUCGCGAGACAUCGCAUGGAGUUCAUUAUUUAUGAAGAUACUGCUGGCUAGUCGUACAAAGCCACCGCUACCUAUCACCUUCAUCGACCCUGAAGUCGCCUAUUACUAUUUCCUACUAGUCCAUUUUUACUGAAUAAAUUAUAACCAGCAUAAAACAGUUGUGCCCAUAGCAUGUCCAUUGGUUAUCAGUUUAUCAU